UGGCGCCCUCGUGCUCUGAGAGGGGCACGAACCAGCAGAGACACGAGGAACUGGAAAAUCUUCCCGGUUGACCUAUAUUGUCCCUGGAUGUGACAGUGGGAGACACUCGGAUCCGCGGCGUCGAGGAACGAGUUGGUCGGGGCGGGGUUUCGUGCGGGAGUGAUGCCACGGAACGACUGUGCGAUGCCAUCGUAAGGAGGAGGACCCUCUGUCGGAAUCCGCUUGGCUCGGAGGAGGACAGCGAGAUCGUCGGCGGCGGUCGCGACGUCCCGAAAAUGAAGUUGCUGGUGGCCGGUGCCGGGCGGUGGAGAGGCGAGGAAGCAUGAGGACCGCCAUGAGGCCGGCAGCAAUCAUGGCAAGUAGGAAGUGUUACGAGACGAACUUCCUCUGAUGAUUGGUGUGGUUCCCUCGCGUGUGGCGUGUGGCUGGCACUGCUUCCGAGGCCGUAGGAUGUUCCCAUGCUGAAGGAGGAGGAAUCUCUGAGGGACGAGACGGGCCGUUUUUUCUACCAAGAGAGUUCAAGAACGCUGGUAGUUCGAUAGAAGACUGAACCGUGUUUUAAUUUGUGUGUGUGCUGGAAAUACAUGCUUUUGGGUGUUAUUGCUUUGGUUCCUUCGAUCACUUACGAUGGAAUAUUGGUCGUAAAAAUUUCAGAAACAAAUACCAACGCGGAUGAAAGAUAGAUAAAAGAUAGAUAAGAAAUCUAGAAAUAAAAUUUGUGCUGUUGAUAAGAAAGCUUAGUUUUCCAAGUGCUGUGAACAGUCAAAAGUUAAAGACGAAGACCUUUUUUUUUUUACUUUCUGAAUCCCUUACGUGCUUCCAGUAAGAAGAAGAAUAAAACAACAAAAAAGAGAAAGAAGACCUAAGAAAAGAAGAGGUAAAGGGAGAAAGAAAUAUAUAGAGAGAGAACACUAAAAAAGGCGUCGACAAGAUGAACGUUCACUAACCUAACCAUGACGUCUGGUGUCGCCACAGUCCCUCCUCGGCCCCUCGACCCUUCCUCCCAUUCCCUGAACGCGGACAAUGAUGGGGUUUAAUCAAGGAUAUAACAAACUCUUCACGCAGGGUUCGGCUGACUCGAACUAUUCCCAGCCGUCCUCGGACCUAUCGCUGGACGAGGAGAGAGAGAACCUACGCCGCGAGACCGAACGACAGGCGCUCUCCCAGCUUGAGAAGGCCAGGGGGCACCAUCGGGACAGCGGGGUCAGGCGCAGAACGGAGGGCCAGGCAUUCGUCACUCUUCAGGCAGCCAGGACUAAACCCGUGGCGUUCUCCGUGCGUACCAAUGUGGCCUACGAUGGUUCUCUGGAUGACGACUCGCCAGUGCAUGGGUCGGCCAUCUCUUUCGAUGUCAAGGACUUCCUCCACAUUAAGGAGAAGUAUGACAACAACUGGUGGAUUGGGCGUCUGGUGAAGGAAGGCGCAGAUGUUGGGUUCAUCCCGUCACCCGUUAAGCUCGAGAACCUGCGCCUACAGCAGACCCAACAGAAGAACUCCAAGCUCUACCCCAAAAACUCGUCAUCGGGUAACCUAGGAUUGAUAAAUGAUGUUUUAACCAAUAGCAAGAGUCCCAACUCACGAGGCUCCACUCCCCCCACUCCUGGAAUUGACCUCGACAACGGAUUAGACUCCAAUGUGGGUGACGACUCCGAUUCCCUGGGCAACGCCAAGGGGAAGAGUUCCAUCACAACCCCACCAGCCAAGGAGAAGCGGAAGCCCUUCUUUAAGAAACAGGAGAACAUUCCUCCGUACGAUGUCGUGCCUUCCAUGCGCCCGCUAGUGCUUGUUGGCCCAUCCCUCAAAGGGUAUGAGGUCACAGACAUGAUGCAGAAGGCGCUGUUUGAUUACAUUAAGCACAGAUUUGAGGGGAAGGUAAUCAUUACACGGGUGAGUGCUGAUAUCUCUCUUGCAAAACGGAGUCUCCUAAACAACCCAAACAAACGUGCUCUUAUGGAACGAUCCAACUCCAGAUCUUCUUGUAUAGCAGAAGUUCAGGCUGAAAUAGAACGAAUAUUUGAACUAGCAAGAACUCUACAGUUAGUGGUGCUCGAUUGUGACACUAUUAACCACCCCUCUCAACUUGCUAAGACAUCUCUUGCACCUAUUCUUGUAUACCUCAAGAUCUCGUCUCCUAAGGUACUGCAGCGUUUAAUAAAGUCACGGGGAAAAUCUCAGAGUCGCAACUUGAGUGUUCAGAUGGUUGCAGCAGAAAAAUUAGCCCAGUGUCCACCAGAGAUGUUUGAUGUGAUUCUUGAUGAAAAUCAGCUUGAGGACGCAUGUGAACACAUAGCAGAGUAUCUCGAUGCCUACUGGCAAGCAACGCACCCUCCGUUACCUCCACCCCAGAUUCAGAGACCAAUUCCAUCACCACAUACAAGUCCGCGGUCUAACCAUGCGCAAGGAAGUCUCAUGCGGACUAAUUCUACGCCUCCAGGUCCGCCCGGGUCCGUGGCUCGUGAGCCCGGCUACCCUCGCUAUCCGGAUGAGAGAGUGUACCAUCGUGGAGGCCCAACCGGACAUGGGGGGCCGCGAGCGCUCCCGUCCCGUGACCCUAGAGACCUGCGAGACCCACGCGAUAGAGACCUACGCGAUGAUGAGUAUGGUGACAGGCUUCCCCCACAAGACCCUGGGCUCAUGUACGACCGCCCACCAGACCGGCCCGGGCGAAGGCAGUUGCCCCCCACCAGGGAUGAUGAUUACCACUCCCCCCACCGCCCCCCCACACGCCAAGCCCUCAAUGUGUAGCAAUUAGCCCUUGUUUGUAGCAGUUAGUGCUUGUUUGUAGCAAUUAUUGCUCAUUUUUAGCCUUCUGCUAUGUUCAAGUCCAUAUAAUGGUAGAUUAUUAAGACACCUCUUGGUAUUCACUGCUCUUUUUAGGGUUGAGAAUUACUGGAAAUGCUUGUGAAGGCUAUACAUGGAAUGGCUACCAACAUUCACUGCUAACUCAGUCUGAGAUGUACUCAGUCCAAGCUACUGAACACUCUGGCACCUUCUAGUAUCUUGUGGUUGAGGCAGUAAUGGAAAAAUGACUCUUGGUUAUGAUAAGUUAACUAGAGAAUUCUUAAAAAAAAGUCUCUACCAUUCUGCCUACUUGGAGAAAGCAUAUUGUGGGCAGUGGUUGUCUCAAAGCCAUAUGCAUAAAAGUUGGGAUUCUCCUGAACUGUACAUUGUGAUAGUCCAAUUUUGAGGUUGCAAAAUCAGUGUCACCUACUAGCCCUUCUGAAGCAUAAUACAUCUGUUUAUCCCCUCACCUAACCCCCCAGCUGCCUUACACAAAUAACCCCUUAUUAAAGAAGAGAGUAGAAGUCCUAGCCAUGGGGCCAUUAUUAGAGCUGUCCUAUGAGAUUAUCAUACAUGAGAACUGGAUACCUACAAUCAACUGAAAGCAUAUAGUACUGACCGGAAAUUUUGUUUUUUUCUCUCUUUUUUUCACACCUCUUGUAAUUCUGUACUUUACAGACUUUUUGGACAAGUUUGGUUUAUUGAGAGCUCCGUGAUUGAUUGUGGAAAACCCAAAUCCCAUAAAUGAUAAUGUUCAUUUGCAUUGGCUCAUAUUGUGCCACUCAACUUCUCUAUGAAUGAUGUUUAAGAGUUCUGCCCCUGAGCCUUAGGCAGAGAUGCUGUGGAAAUUGUACGGGCUGGACAUUAUAAAUAGCAGUGUAAAUAUAGUUGGUUGUACACUAAGGAUCGGCACAUUAUCCUUUGCCCAAGUUGUUCUUAAACUGCCUUUUAACCACUGUAGUGUUGGAUAUUACACUAGUUUAUUACACUAGUUUUUAAUAUUUUCACUUUGUAGCUUGGAACUGUUUCUUAGGUUUACCAUUUUAUAUUCCAUAGUUGUUCACUUUGCAUUUUAAUCAGCCCAAUAAUGCAAAGUUAUUUUACAUCUAACAUUUGAAGUUGGACGAAGUUCAAAUUUUUAUAUGACAAUUUUUCUGAAUAAUCCUAAUAGUAAAGUGAUAAAAGAAUAAGAUUUGUGCAGAAACAGAGCAGUUAGUAAUGGAUAUUAUCAGUUAGAUUUUUGUUCUACUGUUUUGGGAUAGAGGUCUCAUAAUCACAUUUUGAACCAUCUAAACUUUUGCCACUUGAUUAAACUCCUGAUUCAAAAAUGUGAUAGUAGAGUAUUAACCAGGCUUUGAGAAUUGACCAUGGUAAGCUUUAUGGUAUUACUGUACCUUUUUUAUGUAAUGAAUAUGAACUUUUAAGACCAAAAGCAUUCAUCAUUGCAGUUGUUGUUGUUGUACCCUUCCUAAUAGUGAAAUUGCAUCAAUUUCUACACCAAUAUAUUCUUAUUCUAUAAAGACUUUACAAGUGUACAUCACAAAGAGAAUAUCACUUGCUUCUCAAGACUUUUAAGAAUGCUCAGCUGAUGUUAUGUCAAACUUUACUUUGUGUUAUAUACACAUUUUACAUUUGUUAAUUUGUUAAUUUGCUAUUGUUAAGUAUAUAAGUUCUACAGUGAUGUAAUUUAACAGAGUUCAUUUUACACAUUUUUUGUGUAUUGCAAAGUUUCCAUCUGCUGGUUGACCAGCUAAGGUACUAGCCAUUGUUCACAUACUCUUUGUUGUAAGGCCAGAAUUGACGAGUAAUAGAAAGGAUGAGAUAAAUGGUACCUCUGAGUACUGAUCAGAAAUAUUUGGCUUCCUUGCUGAGUGAGGAAUUUAAACCAGCAGACAGUGAGGCAUUCAAUCAAAAUGUAGAUUAAAGUCACAAGAUUCUCAUACUCAGCUUUGUAUGACACUCUACAAUUUGGUCACCGCAGUUUGCUCGUGUUGUAUUAUAGCUUUUGGAUCUCCUGCUUUCCAUUAUUAUUCCUGUCAGUUUCAUUUGUAAUUUCCUGUACACCUACAUAGUUUUUAAGAUACUACAAAACCACUUGUAGUUUACCUGUCCUGUUUUAUUUGUGUUAUCCUUCAUUUGCUUACAAUUUGUAUGUAAAUAUUAUGUUAUUAACUUUCUUCUUUGAAAUGCCUAGUUUAGCCUUUUUUUUUCUUUUAGUUAUGGGCAUUCAAUACUGAAUAUCUCUGUAUAAGAUGAGCUGUUCCUGCAUAUUCUUGUGGAAAUGUUAAUUGCAACAAAGAGUAUUUUUUUGCACUUACCCAAGAUACUUGUUAAUAAGGUAACUCUGCAUAAGUUUGAUUGAGGAAGUAUUGUAUAGAAGGAAAAAGACUUAUGUUUUGCAAUAUCAGCUGCAUCCAGGAAACUUCGGUUUAGUACGAAGAUCUUAAAGAUGUUCUAUUCAAACUGUGAGGUAUAAUUUACAGUUGAAUCCUAACCCUAUGGGAUGUUUGUAGAUAUUAAAAACAAACUUUUUAUCACUAAACAUAUAUAGUAUUACCAAGAAUACUUCAGUAGGCUUUAGUAGCAUGCACACCAUAAACCCUCAAUAAAAUACUUCUGUUUUCCUCUUUCAAAAGAGCUAUUCAUUUUGAGAUAACUUCAUAUGUACUGAUGAUACAUUACAUAUGUGCAGACAACUCAAAGGCCAAAUUCAUAAUGGUAAUCCUGUAGCUCCUAAGUUCUAGCUAUAUUUUAUAUAGAAUCAUUCAUCCUCAGGAUUCAUACACAGACUCUAGUAGAAAAGGGGAUUAUCAUAAGUAAUUUUCAUUUGCUUAAGGUCUAAUGAAUAACAUGAUCAAAACACUACAUGUCAAAUUGUUCUCUCUGCAACACUAUACAGCAGUAACUCAGUUCACCAACAAUCCAACUUAUUAUAGCACAAGAUAGUGUGAUAUUACUACCAUAAUUUUUUUUUUCUUUGUUUUCAUUUCAAAUUUUCUUCUUCUUUUUGUAAGGAUUAUGUAAUGUCUUCUCCACAUUCUCUUUGAGUGUUGCCGAUCCUUGAGUUGUGAGGCUGGGUUGAAUAAUACUUUUUAACCUAAUGGUGUUUGAGAAUCAUUUUUUGGUUUCCCUGUUGAGUGUCUGAAUGAUGAUAAUCUUGUAUGUGGUUAAACAAAAUACAUGCAUUAUCUUAAAAACAAAACAAAAAAAUGUUUAUAGGUAUGCAUCUUUUGAUCCCACUUUGUCCUGUCAACUUGUAAACUAAGGCACACAGGCAGGAGGUCUAAAGCUCCUCUUCCAAUAUGUACCUAAAAUGAUUAUUCAAUUUUCCCCUUAUUUACAUGCUUCACUGUGUUAUUUUUCAAGUUAAUUGUUCAUCUUUAUGUUUUUUUCUUGACUUUUUACAGUCUUUUAUGAAUUAUAAUCUGUUUUAUUCUUUAUUUGAGAUUAAAUUCAUCUUCUUUUAAAUCAAAUAUAUCUGCCACUUUGAGGGAAGAUUAAUUGUAAUCCAUAUUCUUUGUAUUAUUGUUUGUGUUUGAAUUAUGACUAAAAUAUGCAGAAUGACUGAACAAAUUAUUUUAGGUACUAAAUGACUCUGUUCCAUUACAGAUAGGUUUUAUCUACAUAACAUUAUAGCAAGACAUUAUCUCUUGCAGUAGUGUCAUAUACUUUUGAUGUGAAUUCUAAAGUAAACUAACAACAGAUGAUAUAAUUUUAUUAGAUGGGAAGUAAAGUAAGAACAAUAUAGAUCACAUACAUAUAUUUUGAAAAUACAGACAUACAGAAGUACAUCUAGAAUAAAGAAAAUGUAUAAACAACCAUGUUUACACAUACAAACACAGGGAAAUGACAUGAGUACAUAUAAAUGCAUAUAGGUGUGCAAUCAUGCAUACUUCAUUAAAAAAAACAAAACAAACAAGAACAUUGUAUCUUACAGAUUAAAAAUUAAAAAUUCAAUGAGUACAAAAUUUAGAUGCACAUAGCAUAACAAGGUCACCAACUAACUCAUCUCUCAGACAAAAUUCUAAAACAAUUUGUUGUGGAUUAAAACUCCAUAUUCACAGUACUUUAAGUCACUGUAAUGGUACUUUUGUCAGUGUAUGUAAUAGCAAGUUGGCUGUAGAAACUUCAGUAAUGUUUUAGAAUUUUGUUCCCCCUCACACACACACAAGCGCCUCAUUCUUACUCUGCCUCACUUUUUCUCCAAGUUCAUGGGCAGUAUUCUUGAGAAGCACUUGAGGGAAACAAUCGAGCGGUUCCUUCUCCUGCUUUAGUCAAAAGGUUUUAGUUCCGUUAGCCCACCAGGACUCAAGAGUUGCCGCCCUGUUGAUGGUUUCAACUUCUUGUGCAUCUUCAGAGUUUUGCCCCAAAUGCUGUGAUUAACAGUUUUCCCAUUAGAAGGGAUGAAUUUAUUUCUCUGAGAGCAUUAUCAGAGUUUAACUAUGUGAAUAUCUUUAAUAUCUUUCUUGCUGCCUCCAUCACACUCUCAUGUACAAACCCUGAGUCCUUCCUCCACUCUCCUCAAUUCCUAGAUUAAUUCUUGUACAUCAUUGCUGUCAUCAACCACCUACAGACAAACCUCUCCUCACGGCGCUUUUUACCGGUAGCAAAACUUGUUUAAUUUGUAUAAACUGGAUGUAAACCAUACCUCUUUAAGAUAAUCAAAGAAAAGAAUUUAUGGAAACAGUGUAAGUACUCAUUUCAAAAUGGAAUAUGAGGUUUGACUGUGGAAAAGUUGCUGCUAUUAAGGUUCUUAAACCAACGAGGAACCUACUGCUUUCUGCCAGUCUAAGCCUCUAGUAGCCUCACAACAAGGUUCAUUUUCUUUAUAUUGUAUUUGCAGAUGUGUGAGGUUCGUGAAUAUAACAGAUUUUCUUGUCUGUUACAUUUAUAUUGAUAGACUUCACUAUAUUAACCAUUUGACUAGCAGUACUAUACUGUGUUUGUAUCAUAAAUAUAUUUUUUUCAACACUGACAGCUUUGGAAGUCUGCACAACAAAAUACCCCAAAAGAAAAAGAAUCUUGUAUAGGCUUUCUAUUGGCUGAACCUUAGCAGCUGCAUUUCACAUGGCAUUUUGUAAUCUUUAUGAACCCCCUCACAGAAGACAUCUUUGCAUCAUGAAGUUUUGCCAAGAUUUUAUGUUUUUUAACAGAAUGCAUGUGCCUUUUCUAGUUCUUGUUAUUCAUGCUAGGGUAUAUGCCUCUCAGUCUUGAUAACAAAUGUUAUACUCACCUCCAGCCUUAUAUCAUUACUAACUUAACACAUCUUUCAUUCCUUCUUUUAAAAUUCAUUAGUUUAGCAUGUGAGACUUCAUUGUUCUUGGCACCUGCAGUAGAUGAUUAUAUAGCUGGCAUGAUGCAAAGAUGUUUUUGCUAUUUUUUUCAUAUUCUCCCAUUAUUUAAAAGGCAUUCUCUUCCAUCCUGUUCUGUAUUUUAUCAUCCCAUAAGUUAUAAGUACAGUAGCUUCUGGUUAAUAUGACUGCUUUUGGUGGUAACAUGGUUACCAUUUUUCAUAAUGCCUUGUGGCUGUAAUAAAUAUCGGGUAUCUGCAUGAGUGGUAAGUGUGUGACUAUGAUUUUGAUAGCAUGCAGCUGAAACUGCAACCAGCAAUGAUAUUAACUGGUGUUACUGUGUGGAAUUCCCAUGUACUCCACAUACGACUUCUCUCUCUCCUAUCUUUAAAAUCCCAACCCUUCUUAGUGGCACCUUUCAGUCCUUCUUACAUUCUCUAACUCUUUCAGCAUUCCCAUCCUCUUGCUUCUGUAUAUGCCAUACCAUCCUCCAUGUACUCUUCUCUUCAAAAAAAGGAAAAAAAAAUCUUGUUUACCCCUAUUGCAUGUAUGACUCACAGACUACAUUUUGUUGCAAAAAUUUGUAAAUAAUAAGAACUUUUUAUCAUGA